UCUCCCUGACUUCUUCUCCUCUCUCCACUUCGUACGCGAAGAUGAACAAAGCCCAAUACAUGCGCGAAAUCUACCUCGGGGGCACGCAAGGUGUCGCCCCUCCCUUUACCACCUCCACAGGGAAGCUCCUCGAGGAGCAGGCAAAGGAGAAGCUUACACCCGAGGCGUACGGGUAUGUGGCUGGUGGAGCUAGUAGUGAGACUACGAUUGCGAAUAAUAGAAAGGCGCUGGAUGACUGGAGGAUUGUACCAUCAAUGCUCGGCGGAGUAGAUGUGUCCUCCUUCGACUCCUCCGUGACCCUCUUCGGCAAGACCUACCCCACCCCACUCGUGAUCUGCCCCAUCGGCGUGCACUCGCAGUUGAACAAAGAAGAGGCCGACAUCGCUACUGCCCGCGCCGCCUCUUCUCUUGGCGUGCCCUUUACGCUCAGCUCAGCGGGAGAUCGCUCGAUCGAGGAAGUGCAGAGUGCGGUGGAGUUUGAUGAAGAAGAGGAGGGGAAUGAGGCAUGGUACCAGCUUUAUUGGCCCUCGGACGAUAAGCUCACCGAGAGUCUGCUGACCAGGGCUAAGAAGGCGGGGUACAAGGCGCUAGUGGUGACACUAGACACUUGGGCACUGGGUUGGAGACCGAGGGAUCUGGAUACGGCAUACAAUCCUUUCCUCAGAGGCCAAGGCAUCGCGCAGCUUGCCUCCGACCCCUACUUCAUCGAGACGUACUGCGACGGUAAAGACCCCCGUCGCUCAGACAUUACCAAAGAGGAGAUCCUCCAGGUAAGCGCAACCGCCGUUUCUCUGCUCAACCCAGGCAUUUCUCGCUCCUGGGCUGAGCUGCCUCUACUCCGCAAGAUCUGGGGCGAUGAGAGGCCCAUCCUGCUCAAGGGAAUCCAGUCGGUAGCUGAUGCUCGACGGGCGCUGGAUGAUACGGAGAGUAGGAUUGAUGGCAUCUGGGUGUCGAACCACGGUGGUAGACAGGUGGAUGGAGCCAUUGGUGCCUUGCAAGCUUUGCCUGCUAUUAGUAAUCUGUGCAGACAGAGGGGCAAGACGGUCAUCUUUGACAGUGGGAUCAGGACGGGCAGUGAUGUUAUCAAGGCUUUGGCCUUAGGCGCCCAUGCGGUUGGCAUCGGCCGUCCAUAUGCAUACGGUCUCGGCAUCGGUGGGUCAGAGGGUGUGAGCAAUGUGCUGCGAGGCAUCUUGGCCGACAUGGAGCUCAAUGCUGCUCUGUGCGGCUGCAAGAGUGUCAAGGAGAUUGGCAGAGACAUGCUCGUGCGAAGUGGUGAGAAGCUGUGAGGUUGUGAUGCUGGGAGGGGGAAGCUGUAAGUAGGAACAUGAGGUUGGAGAGUGUAUCUUGUACCCGCCGCUGCAUCUCAAUGUAUCUUUAGCUGGGCGACGACGAGGAAGCUUCGGACUGAUUGUCGAGAUGGCACCUCACCCAACUCGGGAUCAACGACGAUAGC